AUGAAGUUGAAAACUGUUAAGGAGUUUAAUCGUGGGAACUCCACUGUUUCGUUCUAUAAACCCAACUUAGAGAUGACCACAUUAGUUAAUGGACUCAGGGUAGUUACAAAUCUGACUCCAGGACAUUUUACAGCUCUUGGAGCUUAUGUUGAUGCAGGUGCCCGAUAUGAGAACCCUGAUGCUCCUGGACUUUCUCAUAUAGUUGACCGUAUGUCCUGGAAAUCCACAGACAAUGUUACCGGAACUCAGAUGUUGGAAAACUUAAAUCAAGUGGGAGGCAACUAUAUGUGUUCUGCACAACGAGAACUGAUACUUUAUCAGGCGUCUGUAUUCAAUCCAGAUGUGGAAAAGAUGUUUGAAUGUAUGGCUGAAACUGUACGUUGCCCUAAAGUUUUGGAUCAAGAGUUGUAUGAGACAUUGCAAACCUGUGCAUACGAAGUCCAAGAUAUAGGGUACAAGGCAGAUAUGUUUCUUCCAGAAGUUUUACAUGCUGCAGCCUAUAAUCAUAAUACACUUGGAAAUCCUUUGUUUUGUCCACCUGAUAGAAUUCCUGAAGUUACAAGGGAAGAUAUUCUUGGGUAUCAUAAGAAAUUCUAUCAGCCUCAAAAUACUAUUAUAGCCAUGGUUGGAAUCGAACAUAGUAAAGCUUUGCAAAUUGUAUCAUCUCAACUUGGCGAUUGGGAAGGCAAAUCAUCAUCUAGACCUAGUCUAGGUGAAGUGAAAUAUAGUGGUGGUGAGCUCUGUCUCCCUUAUCAACCACCAAUUUCAAGUAAUUUACCUGAAUUAGUACAUAUGCAAAUUGCCUUUGAAACGAAAGGAUUGUUAGACAAUGAACUUUAUGCCCUUGCUACCCUUCAAAAAUUGCUUGGUGGUGGGUCCUCUUUCUCUGCUGGUGGUCCAGGAAAAGGUAUGUUUUCCAGAUUAUACACCCAAGUAUUAAACCGAUACGGGUUUGUUGAAAACUGUAUGGCUUUCAAUCAUGCAUAUAUUGGUUCUGGGUUAUUUGGAAUAAGUAUCUCUUGUAGUCCGGAUGCCGCACAUGUUACGUCUCAAAUCAUUGGGUAUGAAUUAUCCAAGUUAUUGGAGACAAAUCCAGAUAAAGGAGCCUUGAAUGAGAAGGAAGUUGCUAGAGCCAAGAACCAAUUGAUAUCGUCCUUGUUGAUGAAUUUGGAAUCAAAAUUAGCAGAAUUAGAAGACUUGGGAAGACAAAUCCAAUCUCAAGGUAAGUUGACACUGAUUGACGAGAUGAUUUCCAAAAUAGAACGUUUGACCCCAGCUGACUUAAGAAACGUUGCGGAAAAGGUGUUAACAGGUAAUACUGUGAAUAAGGGUAUCUCCACUGGGUUACCUACUGUGGUCAUGCAAGGUGAUAGAGAACGAUUUGGUGAUGUUGAAUUCAUAAUGCGUCACUUUGGCUUGGGUAAAUAUCCUGGUCCACAACUCGAAGAACCAAGAGAAUACACUGCUGAAGGUAAGCCUAAAAAGGAAGGCUGGUUUUCGUAA